UCCGGGUGCCCCUUCUUUGGUGGUGUUGAACUGGCAGUCGCCGGUUAGAAAGCGAGUUAGCUAACUGCUAAAGGAGUUGUAACGACUUUACAGCCGCAUUUGUGCGGGCGAUAUACGAUACCCUAGUAUCUAGAAGUAGAUAUUUGUGUUGCAGUGUGGCUGGCUGUCUCACGUUUGCCAACGUCAGCUAAAGAGUGAGUCCUCCCUGAAUGAGUGACUCGCAGUAGGCGCUAGCUAGCGAAGAGGAGGGUGGGGACAGCACCUCCAAGACCUCGCCCAAGCGUUACUUCACUCCAGCAGGCAGCUGCUCUCUAGACGGUGUGAGACCCACGCCACCAAACCGUAUAAAUAUUCUAAGGGGAGAGUGGCACACUAGUGUCAACUGAGACCAGCAAUCGGUAACGAUGUUCAGGAAGAACUUGAAGAAGGACCCGGAGCUGUUUCAAAACGUGUCUGAUGGGCUGCGGCGGCUGUACCGGACCAAGCUGUUCCCACUAGAGGACACGUAUCGAUUCCACGACUUCCACUCGCCCGCGCUGGAAGAUGCCGACUUCGACAACAAGCCCAUGGUCCUGCUGGUGGGUCAGUACUCCACCGGGAAAACCACCUUCAUCCGCCACCUCAUGGAGCAGGACUUCCCCGGUAUGCGGAUUGGCCCGGAGCCGACCACAGACUCUUUCAUCGCGGUGAUGCACGGUGACCAGGAGGGCGUGAUACCAGGCAACGCUCUGGUCGUCGACCCAAAGAAACCCUUCCGGAAACUCAACGCCUUCGGCAACGCGUUUCUCAACAGGUUCAUGUGUGCCCAGAUGCCGAACCCUGUCCUGGAGAGCAUCAGUAUCGUUGAUACCCCUGGCAUCCUGUCUGGGGAGAAGCAGAGGAUUAGCAGAGGUUAUGACUUCGCUGCAGUAUUGGAGUGGUUUGCAGAACGCGUGGACCGCAUCAUCCUCCUGUUUGACGCCCACAAGCUUGACAUCUCGGACGAGUUUUCGGAGGUGAUCCGAGCUCUCAAGAACCACGAGGACAAGAUGCGCGUGGUGCUGAACAAGGCGGACCAGAUUAGCACCCAGCAGCUGAUGAGGGUCUAUGGAGCGCUGAUGUGGUCCCUGGGCAAAAUCAUCAACACACCUGAGGUGGUCCGCGUGUACAUCGGUUCAUUCUGGGCUCAGCCUCUGUUGGUCCCAGACAACAGAAAGCUGUUUGAAGCAGAGGAGCAAGAUCUCUUCUUGGACAUCCAGUCUCUGCCACGUAACGCAGCGCUUCGCAAACUUAACGACCUCAUUAAGCGAGCACGCCUCGCCAAGGUUCACGCCUACAUUAUCAGCUGUCUGAAAAAGGAGAUGCCAAGUGUGUUUGGAAAAGACUCCAAGAAAAAGGAGCUCAUAGCCAACCUGGGGGAGAUCUAUCAUAAGAUUGAGAAGGAGCACCAGAUCUCACCUGGAGACUUCCCCAAUCUUGCCAAGAUGCAGGAGCUGCUGAAUGGCCAGGACUUUUCCAAAUUUGCAGCACUGAAGCCCAAGUUGCUGGAGUCAGUGGAGGACAUGCUUGCUAAUGACAUCGCUCGCCUUAUGGCUCUUGUGCGUCAGGAAGAAGCCUCCAUGCCCACCCAGAUAGUGAAGGGUGGAGCCUUUGAAGGAACCAUGACUGGUCCCUUUGGUCACGGCUAUGGGGAGGGUGCUGGCGAAGGCAUUGACGAGUUGGAGUGGGUGGUGGGCCGUGACAAACCCACAUAUGAUGAGAUCUUCUACACCCUGUCUCCCAUCAAUGGCAAAGUGUCUGGUGCUGCAGCCAAGAAGGAGAUGCUGAAGUCCAAGCUCCCCAACACAGUGCUGGGAAAGAUCUGGAAGCUAGCAGAUGUGGAUAAAGAUGGCCUCCUCGAUGACGAGGAGUUCGCCCUUGCGAACCACCUGAUUAAGGUGAAGCUGGAGGGCCACGAGCUGCCACCAACGCUUCCUGAUCACCUUGUGCCUCCAUCCAAACGUGGCACCACCCUCCAGGCCUAAAAAAGGGAGACAGCAGCCUGGAGAAGAGCUAAAGCAGCGCUUUGCAUCAUGUUUAGGACUCUCCAGAAAACAAGUACAAGCAUGAACAGCAUCUUCCUCCAUCAAGCUGUGAAUCUCUGGGCAUCCUAACACACCACAAGGAGGCAUUGCUGUGAUCUUUAUCACCAGAGAGAGACUGAAGGGUUUCUGUGGGGUGGGGGACGGCAGAUCUAUCUGUGUGCAUUAGGAUAUAAAAAAAAGGGGACAGGAGGGUUCUAUUUACCACCCAGUGAAAGGACAUUACUCCAUGAUGAACUGAUGAGUAGUUGAAGGCUGCAUGAUGGGGCUAAGCGUGAAUUUGUGAAUCCUGUGUUAAAUAUGUCUUAUAAGCAUACAGUUAACAUUAUUAUGUUGGUCUAAAGAAAUAUACUUUAUUUUUCAUUUGGAAAGAGAGGAAAUAAAGAAAACAACUGUUAGAAGUGUUUUAUCUAUAUUUUUGUAUUUCCUGACUGUUAACUUUGACUCUUUCCAAAUGCUUCCCUUUUUAUUAUUUGCCAGAUAAAUGAACAUAAAAUAAAAAAGUGAAAUAUUUACCAUUCA